AAUUGUCAAUAAAAUAACGUGGUUAUUCAAUCUGGAAUUGAACAAUAACAUGUAGCCUAAUAAAAGGUAUUGAACAGGCAUCGCUAUAAUGAAUCUUAAAAUCGGAGAUUGACGAGGUAAGAGGCGUGCGUGACGCGUGUAGCUGUGGCAGACACUCGUGGACGGAGAAUGGGCGAGAGAGAGCGCGCAGGGGAGGAACUAAAAUUAAAAAAAAGUUUAACUAAAAAUGGCUUCCUUGUCUUUGGAGUCUGCAGAACAAUCUGAGAAUAGCACGGAGAAUCCUACCCAAGAGGCCGCUCCGGUGAAAGAGGAGACGGAUCCGGAUGAAGUUUCGGAACAAUUGCUAAAAACUUUUCAGAACUCGGCGCUUAGCUUUUCGACCGAUCAAGUAGCAUGUCUGUGCGAAGCCCUUCUACAGGCAGGCAAUGUGGAUCGCCUGUGGAGAUUCCUAUCAACCAUCCCUCCUUCGGCCGAGCUGCUACGUGGCAACGAGACGUUGCUCAAGGCCCAGGCACUGGUCUCUUUCCACCGGGAAGAAUUCAAGGAGCUGUACGCAAUCUUGGAAAGCCACGACUUCCACCCGAGCAACCAUGGGUUCCUGCAGGACCUCUACUUGCAGGCGCGCUACAAGGAGGCGGAGAGGUCCCGAGGUCGUAGCCUGGGCGCCGUGGACAAGUAUCGGCUUCGGAAGAAGUUUCCCCUGCCGAAAACAAUCUGGGAUGGAGAGGAAACGGUAUAUUGUUUCAAGGAGAAGUCUCGCAAUGCACUGAAAGAGUGUUACAAAAGCAACAGGUACCCCACUCCAGACGAGAAGAAAAACUUGGCCAAUGUGACUGGACUCUCCCUCACGCAAGUCAGCAAUUGGUUCAAGAAUCGACGGCAGAGAGACCGAACCCCGUCUGGUACCAACAGCAAAAGUGAGUCCGAUGGCAACCACAGCACAGACGAUGAGGGUGACGACAUCUCAGACAAACUAGAGGACAUUGUGGGCUCCACAGCCUCCGUCAUCUCCCUCUCUGGUACCCCCUGCAGCACUGGGGGCCAGAUCUUCCUCAACGGGGCUGGUGGGUUCCUCGCCGCCUCCCACCCCUUACUCCUCAAUAGGGGCUCCCUGAUCUCCGGGGCAGGGGGUGGCGUCAUCAUCAACGGGCUGACUCUGAGCGAUGGUCACACGGUUACCCUCAGCCCCAUAUCGGCUAACUCGCCUCUGCUCUUCAAUGGAGCGCAAGUCAUAUCCAAAAGCAGUGCGGUUGUGCAGGAUAUGGGUCUGGAGGGCCAGGGGGUUACAGCCAUGGAGGCCCAGCCCAGCUCGGUCAUCUCCCUCCCCCUGACAGAGGACUGUAAGAUGGACAAUGUUAGCCUGACGAACCCCUCGACUAUCCCCACCCUGGACUUCAUCAAUGUCCCAGAGGGGAUGGUUCUCAAAGCCGAGGACAUCCAGACAGUCUCUCCUUCCCGCUCUUCCUCCUUGUCUUCCCCCUCAACAUUCUCCCCCACCUCCCUCCCCUCCCUGGUUCUGACUCAAAAUGGCCACCUCUCUGACACCCUCCCGGUCUCUAAGUCAUCCCCUGGCGUGGUCAUCUCCAGCCCUGUAGUGAGCCUCCCCAACCAGCAGGGGGAGUAUGUUGUGUUUGCCACAGCUGGUUCUCAGCUCACCCCCUCCAGCUCCAUCUGCCAGGUGGUGUCAUCCUACAGCUACUCCAGCCCACAGGUAUUCUCCCUGCCUCAGGUGGUGCCCUCCAUCCAGGGUGUCCCUGUAUCCCAACUGGUCCAACACAACCCUGGAGGCCAGUGUCCCCAGUUAGUUCCUGUCCCCCCCCUCACCUCCUCCCUCCCCCAGGGCACCCUCUCCCAGUUCCAGGGCCACCAGACUCUGAACAUUGCCCCCCACCUCGCCCAAUCCCUCCCCCAGCAUCAUACUGGCUCCUCUACAUUGGGAGCGGGAUCCACCAUCCUCUCCCUGUCCCAGCUCACCAAUGGACAGCUCUCCCAGGGACUCACACUCCAGUUGGGUGACCAGACCUCAGCUACGAUCCCCACUCUGACACAGAUCCAGUCCCCACUAGGCCAUCCCCAGAUCAUCUCCUCCCCUACCCAAGUGGUUCCUGUCUCCCAGUCCAAAGAGACAACCCCAGCUCAGUUGGUUUCCCUGCCCCAGCUGGUGCCUGUCUCCUCCGCGGGACAACUCUCCUUCCCUCAGGUCGGCCCGGCCACCCCUUCUCUAUCUGGAGGGGCUUUCCAGAUCCUAGCCUCGGCCACUGGAGGUGGGAUGCCUCAGGGGCCCUUUAGGAUAAACCAACUGGGACCCCUCCAGACUGUAGGCCCCCCGACCAGCAUGGCUCCUAGUGUCCAGCUCCUCAACUCUGGGGUCAUUCAGCUCCCCUCCGCCUCGCCAGGGAAUCUCCUCUAUGGUGGAAGCCCCAUCCUGAGUUACCAGAACGGCAAGCUGAUCCUAACUAUCCCGGCUGGCAUCCAGUUCGGCAGCCUGCCCAUGAAACCCGUCCCUGAGGCUUCUACCCACCCCACCAACGGAGUAGGCCCCGGACUCACACUCGGCCCUGUCAUCCACCCUACACCUACCCUCAUCCCAGUCUCCACCUCUGUCUCAACCUCCAACACCCUCCAGACGUCCCCCCUCUGCUUCAUCAACUCCUCUCCGCUCUACUGCACUCAUGAGACGGGUGUCCCCACCAACCAGCCCCUCUCCACCACCUCCCCACACACCCUGGACCUCUCUGCCACCCACACUCCUCCCAAUGCCCUCACCCCAGAGAGCAUGCUCUCCCUCAGCCCCAUGUGCAGUGGAGUGACCCCCACCACUCAGCUCUCCCACACCACCUGGAGCCCUGUCCCCCUCUCCAUCUCUGCCAGCCUGACUAUGUUUGACGUCCGUGGGAAGGGGGAUCUUCCCGAGGAUCCGGCUCUGCUGGGCCUACCUGGAGGCGAGGCACUGCUACUGGGGAGCCCCUCUCCAGAACAGGAUGUGGACAGGGUGUCGCCAUUGGGGGACCCAGAGGAGAUGGAUGGAGAGCCCAAGAUCCUCACCCAGCUACAAUCAGUCCCUGUGGAUGACGAGUUGGGGCUGUAAUCCAGUCCCCGUCCCCCC